AUGGGGUCAAGCUCCUUGAACGAUGAGCUUUCUUUCUAUAUUUCACGCGCGUACAAACACACUAUCUAUCUAUCUAUCUAUCUAUCUAUCUAUCUAUCUAUCUAUCUAAUUCUGUUCAUUAUCUAUCUUUAUAUCUAUCUAAUUGUUUUUAUCUAUCUUUCCAUCUAUCUAUCUAAUUCUGUUCAUUAUCUAUCUAUCUAUCUAUCUAUCUAUCUAAUUCUGUUCAUUAUCUAUCUAUCUAUCUAUCUAUCUAUCUAUCUAUCUAUCUAUCUAUCUCUGUUCAUUAUCUAUCUAUCUAUCGAUCGAUCUAUUUAUUCCAUUCUGUUCAUUAUUAUCUAUCUAUCUAUCUAUCUAUCUAUCUAUCUAUCUAUCUAUCUAUCUAUCUAUCUCUGUUCAUUAUCUAUCUAUCUAUCGAUCGAUCUAUUUAUUCCAUUCUGUUCAUUAUCUAUCUAUCUAUCUAUCUAUCUAUCUAUCUAUCUAUCUAUCUAUCUAUCUAUCUAUCUAUCCCAUUCUGUUCAUUAUCUAUGUAUCUAUCUAUUCUGUUCAUUAUCUAUCUAUCUAUCUAUCUAUUGUGUUUGUUAUCUAUCUAUUAUUUUCGUUAUCUAUCUAUCUGUCCUGUUUGUUAUCUAUCUAUCUUUCUAUCUCUCUCAUUCUGUUCAUUAUCUAUCAGUCUAUAUACGAACGUACAAACACACUAUCUAUCUAUCUAUCUAUCUAUCUAUCUAUCUAUCUAUCUAUCUCCAUCUUUAA